UGGCUUCUUCAAUCUUUCCUUUCCCAUCAAUCUUCUCAACCCAGAAAAACCCAUUUUUAUUCCUUAUUCUUCUUCUUGUGCUGAAAGGUCUCUCAAAAUGAGUUGCAAUGGCUGCAGAGUUCUACGAAAAGGAUGCAGUGAAAAUUGCAUGCUUAGACAAAGCUUGCAAUGUAUAGACAAUCCUCGAGCACAAGCACACGCCACCGUCUUCGUCGCCAAGUUCUUUGGCCGCGCCGGCCUUAUGUCCUUUCUCUCCUCCGUCGCCGCCCCUCAAAGACCUGCUUUGUUCCAGUCGCUUUUGUUUGAAGCAGUGGGGCGGGUGGUGAAUCCCGUGAGUGGAGCCGUUGGUUUGCUCUGGACGGGGAAUUGGAAAGCCUGCCUGUCUGCGGUGCGAACAGUGCUCCAAGGCGGCACGUUGCAGCCUCUCCCUGAAUUCAGCGGCGGGGAGCUUGAGGAUGUUGCAAGGAAAGGUUUUGAUGACGUUGGUGCUGGCGGCGGCGGCGGUUCUCCGUCGAGAGUGGAAGAUUUUGUUACAAGGAAAGGUUUCGAUGACGUUGCUAAACCCAAAACGACUGAUCUUGAUCUCUGCUUGAUGAUCGGAAACGAUAGAGCAGUGAAGAGAAGCAGAGAAUCUAUAUCGUCGGAAGAGUCCGAAACGACGACGGUGGGAAGUAGUUCAAAUGAUGGCGGCGGCGGGGAGAAUAAGCUUUUGAGACUGUUCAUCUGAGAAAACUCUUUUCCACAUCUUCUCUUUAUGUAAUUUUUUUGUUAUAAUCAGUCUCUGAGAUGUA